UUCCGCCUCCAGCCAGAAGUGUCGUCUUAUCGUUCCCUACAUAGAGCUUCCGGGCAUUCCCGGCCGUCAGCAGCCCAUGCAAUGGCCGCUUCUUUGGCGGGGAAGAAGGUCGUGUUUGUGACGGGAAACGCGAAGAAGCUGGAGGAGGUCAUUCAGAUUCUAGGAGAUAAGUUUCCAUGCACUUUGGUGGCACAGAAAAUUGACCUGCCUGAGUAUCAGGGAGAGCCGGAUGAAAUUUCCAUACAGAAGUGUCAGGAGGCGGCUCGCCAGGUGCAGGGUCCUGUACUGGUGGAGGAUACCUGUCUGUGCUUUAAUGCCCUCGGGGGGCUCCCUGGCCCCUACAUAAAAUGGUUCCUAGAGAAGCUAAAGCCUGAAGGUCUCCACCAGCUCCUGGCCGGCUUUGAAGACAAAUCAGCCUAUGCACUGUGCACAUUUGCUCUCAGCACCGGGGACCCAAGCCAGCCAGUCCUCCUGUUCAGGGGCCAGACCUCGGGCCGGAUCGUGAAGCCACGAGGCUGCCGGGACUUUGGCUGGGACCCCUGCUUUCAGCCUGAUGGAUAUGAGCAAACGUAUGCAGAGAUGCCGAAGGCUGAGAAGAACACCAUUUCUCAUCGAUUCCGGGCCUUGCUCAAGCUACAAGAGUACUUUAGUGUGACUGCUGGGACUGGUGGCCACUAGGGUCAUGGGUGUGGGGAGGACAGUGCAGAACUCCCCAGGUGGCAGGUACUCCUGGCUAGCAUUACUCUGGGUUGCGCUUUACCAGGGCAUCCAGGCAACUUCAGCAGCCAGGUCUGGAAGGGCAGUUUGCUCUGCAUAGGGGGACUCUGGGCCAGUUGAUACUAAACUCUUGCCCUUUGGGAUUCAAGAGUUGCCUUUGGCCUGGCAUAGUGGGGCACACCUUUAGUCCCAGAAUUUGGGAGGCAGAGGCAGACAGAU